GUUAAAGAUUAGAGUUUUUCCUUGAGAAGAAAGCCUGAGAGUAGAGACUACUAGCGCAUCGUCUUCGACGAUAUCCAUGGGCAACCACGGCUCAUGCAUCCGGCGGAGCACCAGACCGCGCACGGCCAAGGUGGUGGACGCCGAGGGGAAUCUCCGGCGAGUCGAGAUUCCCGCCGGCGUGGCGGAUCUGAUGCUGGAGGCCCCCGGUCACGUGGUGGCGCAUGCAGAGGAGGUGGUGAGGACGCGACGGGUGUCCGGUUUGCGGGCCGAGGAGGAGCUGCGGCCCGAGGAGGUGUACCUGCUGCUGCCGGUGGACCGGAUCGGGUCCAGGAUCUCCGACCAGCAGAUCGCGAUCGCGAUCGGCGCCGUCGAAGGUGGGAGGAGGUGGAGGAGGAAGGGGAAGAAGGGGAAGCAGGGAUGUGGGUAUGGGAGCCGGGUAUUCCCGGCGGUAGCCGGUGAAGACGCGGAGAGGGGAGGGGAGGAGAACGGGUUGUCUAAGGAGGGGAAGGUUGCCGGUUUUCCUGGUCAACGGAUUGGUGGUCACCGGCAGUGGAGGCCGGUGCUUGACACCAUCCACGAAUCCAAUUAGGGUUUGUUUUGGUUUCUCAUGUUUACACCGUCACACCAUCAGAUGCACCAAGAGCAUGGAUAUUUCAUGAAAGGCUAGCUCCCAUCAUGUUCAAUGUUUCAGAACCUGAGAGCUCCAUUAGAUUAUCAAUCCAACUGUCGAUCCAAAAGUAUAUGUUUUGAUCGGAUAUAUCCAAAAUCUGCAAAUUCCACAAAUCUAUGCAACCCGUUGACCUAAGUUGGUCAAUCGCAUGGCUCAUUUGGAUUAGCUAUUUAAAAAACACUAAAAUGUGAAAAAUAAAAUGUAUAUUAUUAUUUUAUCUUUUAGGAUUAGAGUUUGAUUUCAGCCAUGUCAAGAGCUUACCAUCUAAGUCCAAAUUCUUUCAUUAUUUUUGCCACUAUAUAUUAGUUGCAUGACAUGUUUAGUAAAAGAUAUCAGUGAACAUUCUUUAUAUUGCAAGCAUAGGUUGUAAAAUAUUAUAAUUUUUUGUAAGACAGAUAUUUCAUAUAUAAUAAAGUUAUACAUUUAUAUACUUUAAAAAUAUAUCUAUAUUAUGUAAAUAUUUAUUUAUUGUAAUAUCAUAGGUCAAUGGAUUGAACAUGGUUAAUACAACCUUAAAUCACAAUCUCAUGGCUUGGAGAGAAAAACAGAACAACAACUAAACAAGUUUCAGAAAAUUAGUAUAACCUUCUACUCAUACUAAAAAAGAAAAGAAAUAUAUUAGAUCUAC